AUGCCAAAUGUAAAAUAGUACAAAUCAGAUUCUCAAAUACCUCAAAUAAACACUUUUACCAUUCUUUGUAAGAUAAGUCCCAUAAAUCCUCCUGAUACUCCAAAGGAAAUUUAAACUUUUAAAUUAUCUAAGGAUCAAUAAAACCAAAAAUAAGUAUAAUAAAGCUCAAAAUUAACUCUCAAAUAAGAUGAUUCUUUCAUGAAAAAGAAUGAAAAUUAAUAUUCAGAAAAAUACAAAAGAAGGAAGCCUAUUUUAGUUAUUAGGCAUUCAAAAAGUUUAUCAUGUAUCAAAAAAGAAAAAUCAGUCCAUUUUCAUUUGGAAAAAGAUGAAAGUAGCUUUCAAUUUUUCAUUUUCUAAAAUUGGAUCCAAAAAGAAAAAAAAAAUAAUGAAUAAAUAUGUUCUCUAAAGCAAAUCGGUGAGGAUGUAACUAUAAACACAAAUGGAGCUAAGAAAAUAUUUGAAAAAAUUCAUAAAAAAUAUGAGUCUAAAGUCCAUUUCUAAUUUCCUUUUUGA